CCGUGCACGCGUACUUGAUUAUACAGCAGCCAGCCAGUGCAGCGGUAGACGCCGUGACAAAGGGCUGUUUCUGAUGACGGUUGUUGGCAGUCUAUAUCGUCAAAUAAUAAUCUAAACAUACUACAUGUUCAAGACACAUGUCCGCGCGAUGAGGGAUCGUUUGGCAGAGUUGGCCCAGGUCAGCAAAAACGUGGACAAGGGGUCCAUCCAACGAGUGAAUAGUUCACACAUGGACGAUUUUUUCAAGAAGGUGAAAGAGGUACAGUCUCGGAUAUUGAAGAUCACUUCUCAUGUAGAGGAAGUGAGGAGGAAACACAAUGAGAUUCUGUCCGCUCCGAUCUCCGAGCAGAGGAAGAAGCAUGAACUGGAGGAGCUGAACAAGGAUAUCAAGAGAGACUCCACCCUGGUGCAGGCAGAACUCAAAGCGAUCAAACAAGGCUUGUCUCUUGAUGAGAAUGAAAACAAUGCCUCAGUGGAUCAACGCAUACAGAAAAAUCAGCACUCGGAUCUGACCCGGCAGUUUGUGGAGGCCAUGACGGCUUACAGCAAGAUACAGGUGGCCUUCAGGGAUGAGUCCAAGAACCGAAUCCUCAGACAACUGGAGAUCACUGGAAAGGUGACUUCAAAUGAAGAGUUGGAGACCAUCUUGCAGUCUGACAAUCCCUCAAUCUUCACAUUUGAUGUGGCCCAGGACUCCCAAACGACGCGUCACGCCCUAAACGAGAUCGAGUCCCGGCACCAUGACAUCAUGGACCUGGAGUCGAGCAUCAGAGAGCUGAACGAGAUGUUCACCGACGUCGCCGUGCUGGUAGACACCCAGGGUAACCUGACGAAUAACAUAGAGAAGAACGUGAGCAGCGCUGCAGAGUACAUUUUCGUUGCCAAAGGAGAAACCAAGAAGGCAGUGCUGUACAAGAAGAAGGCGUGCAGGAAGUAUAUCAUUAUUGCUGCAGUUGUUGCAACAUUGCUGGCGUUGAUAGCGCUAAUUGUCGGUUUAGCCUUGGGUCUACCCAAGACCUAACCUCCGUCCAACCCAGACAUGGUGGACACUCAAAUGAAGGAUCAAGUGCACAAGCAUUAUACACCAGAAGAUGGCACUGCAGAUGUGGCUUCUGAUUAGACCUUCUGAAAAAGUGUUAAGAGUUAAGAUGGCUGGGUUAAAUGUCUUACAUUAAUGUAUUCAUUUAAUAUUGCCUAUUUUAUGUAAUCACAAUCUUUUUUAACUUUGAAUCGACUAUUUAUUAGUAUUUAUUUAAUUUAUAUCUAAUGUAGAGACCUUCGUGACCAAAUAUUUGUAAUGUCAUUGUUAUUCUAUCAAUGUCCCGUGCCUUUUGUUUUCUAAAUGAAUGUAUAUUUUGUAUUGUAUAGUUUCAUAAAAUCAUUAGCUGUG